UGUACUUUGACGGAAUUUGAGCACUUUCAAGACACAAAAAGAGCAAAAUACUAAUCGACAUUGCGAAAUUUCGCGUAAAAAUCAUUUAAAAUUAAAAUUCCUCCGAAUUACCUCAACUUUCAAUCCAGUAAUGAGAUUUUCGUGCAACAACGAAAAGUCGUAAUAUGGAAGACUUUGAGAUAAACUCAAACGAGAGCCAAAACGAACAUCUUGACAAAGCAAAACCGGAGGUAAAUAACAAUCGAAGCGGCACGAGCAACAACAAAUACAACUACGAAGCGGUAAAAAUCGACGUUGCCGAAAAAUUUGCCGCCGUCGAGGAAACACGCAAUGGACAUGAAAUCAUCACAAUGGAAAAUAAAUCUGCCGAAAAUGCGUUUGAGGAGACCAACAGCUCGGAAAACGGCGAAUUAGUUGAAGAAAUUAUCCUCUUGCCGAACAAUUUCAUCUCGGACGAUGAACUUUCCUCGAAUUCCGACGAUUGUGUGUACGCGUAUCGCGGCGGGCACGUAAAUUUGGAGCAAAAUUUGGCAUUGGAGCCCGAGAAUAUUGACGAUGGGCAAGACGAAGAAACGGAUUUCCUCGAAAUGGACUUUGAUCCCGAACCAAAUUCGGAAAUUGAGAAUUUUAUCGAGGACGAGAGGCAUUUUAAUCAUUUGGAAGCGAAUUUUUUCACACUGCGAAGUGAUGAGGGGAUGAGAGAAUUGCCGUGUGUGAGUCAACUGCGACAAAAUGGGACAGGAUCUCCAUUGGAUUCGUUCGAAAUGAACGAAAAAGAUGACGCGAAGGAAGAAAAAACGACAGAAAAUGAGAAAAAAUCGACGGAAGGCAAGGAAAAUUUGUAUACGGGAGCAAAACCGAAGCUCGUAACAUCAACAAGUGCACACAAAUUGUCGUCAUCAAGUAAUUCGUACACUUCAAAAGAACCGACAACCCCUGAAACGAGCUUCAAAGUCGUUUCUGAGCCACUGCACGUCGACGAAAGUUGUCUCGAAUGCGCCGAGGCGGAAUUUAUUUUCCAAACGAAGCCCGAAUUCAGUGUCGAACGCAAAUGUCGACGACAUCGCAACACAAAAGACAAAGUGCCAUCCAAAUCCUUAUCGUAUUCCUCGCCAUCAGAGGCAACAACAGCCUCGUGCCCCGUGACACAUCAGGAAUUUCCCGCAUCCGCUUCCAAAAGUACCGAAAAUAGUGCGACAGUGACAAACGCGAGCAACAGUAAAGAGUUCAUGGUAACAAUUUACAGCAUCAACUGUGAUUACGAGACAAUUGUCGAAGCAACCAACAUGAUUGGCGUUCAAAUGAACACCGAGGUCCUCAAACAGUACUUUGAAACGCUCGCCGAUGAGGAAACAGCGACAAUGAGUGUGCCCGAGUAUUUGUUGUACGUCUCGAAACGGAAUUGCAACUACAAACGACUAAUUGAUGUGAUCAAAACGGCGUGUCAGAGUCCCGUUGACAUUCAUUUUUAUCCUCAUGAAUACAGCUCACCAACUCCUGAAAUAGUUCAGAUUGCCAUUGGCGAAAUCACACAACGAUGGAAUCGCAACACUGAUCUGAGGCCCAUCCUAAAAUUUAAGAACAAAAAUUUCAAGUCACUGAAUGUUUUGGGCAAAGUUGUAAACGCCAUUCGCCAAUACGAGUCCGGUGAACGACUAAAAACGAGCAAUUCUCACAUCAACAUACCGCAAUAUUACCGCAGCGGAUACAUUUGCAUCACAAAAUUGGCGCAUCCCGUAAUGACAUGUUCCUAAAAGCGUCGUGAUGCAGAAAAAUUCCAACAAGAAACAAAUAUCUAGCUCAUAAAUGCAUUUUUGUCUUCACCUUGCUUACUUCUAUUAUUACAACAAAAGCACAGCAUAAUCACUUCUACUAUUUUUUUCGGUUAGAAAACCGCAAUGCCAUCAUAUCCCAAGAGAAAGUAUCCAUAGGAUACUUGAAAAUUCGUUUUUUUCAUGUAUAAAAUGUAGAAUUAAGGACAAAUCAUUUAAGAAAUCUCCAAAUAUUCAACAUUCACAUCCAUUUUGGUAUCGUUUGACGAUACAAAAGCAAAAAUCUAUCCAAAAUCUCAACAAUAAAAAAAAACUUUUUGAUACCGAAAAUAAUACGAAAAUACAAUUUACAAUCCUUAUGACAUGAUGAUACUUCUAAAUAAUAAUAUAAUAUUUAUAUGUAACGUGGUAGAGAAUAUAUUAUUAUUGAAAAACAUAUAAACACACAUCAUAUAAUUAUAACUAUUAUUGAUAUUUUGUAAUUAUUAUUUAAUUUUUAAGCAUGUAA